AUGGCCAUCUUCCACCAAUACGACUACAUCUUCGCGAUAGGAACCAUUUUCGCGUUCCUAGACGCCUGGAACAUCGGCGCCAACGAUGUCGCCAACUCCUGGGCCAACGCCGUCGCCUCCCGCUCCGUCUCCUACAUCCAAGCCAUGCUCAUCGCUUCCGUCAUGGAAUUCGUCGGCGCCACCGCCGUCGGCGCCCGCGUCGCCGACACCAUCCGCACAAAGAUCGUCGACACCACCCUCUACCGCGACGACCCCGCCAUCCUCAUGCUCGGCAUGACCACCGCCGUCAUCGGCUCCUCCCUCUUCCUCACCCUCGCCACCAAGCUCGGCCUCCCCAUCUCCACCACCCACUCCAUCCUCGGCGGCGUUUUGGGCAUGGGCGUCGCCACCGUCGGCGCCAACGGCAUCCUCUGGGUCGGCAAGGGCAGCGGCACCGACAAGAUCACCGGCGGCGUCAUCCAGGUCUUCAUGGCCUGGAUCAUCUCCCCAUCCUCUCCGGCCAUCACCGGCAUGCUCAUCACCAUGCUGCUCGUCUGGAAGGGCGGCUCCUACGAGGUCAAGGUCCCCAACCAGGCCAUUCCCGGCAUCAUCGUCGGCGUCGGCAUCGGCUUCGGUCUGCUCGUCGCCUUCUUCCUCUGCCCCUGGCUCUACCGCUACAUCGUCGUCGAGGACUGGCAGCUCAAGUGGUACGACGUCUUCAAGGGGCCCCUCGUCCUCCGCCGCGGCGAGGUGCCCCCGCCUCCUCCCGGCUUCAAGGGCAUCGUCCGCGACUUUUACCAGGGUCGCCUCACCAAGGAGCAGCUCGAUGCCAAGCGCGCCGCCCAGGCCGCCCGUGCUGCUCGCGCUGCCGAGGGCGGUGAUGAGAUCCAAAAGGUCGCCGCUCAGGACAGCGAUGCCGCCGCCUCCGGUGCCGAGAAGGGCCUCUUCGCUGGCAAGGACGACCCCAACUCCCCGAUGACGUCUCCGAGGACCCGAGGAUCUCCCUGGCACUCCAAGCAGAUGCUCUUCUGGUACCUCAAGUAUGCUCUCUUUCACGGUGUCGACAAGGACGUCGUCAGCUCCCAGAGCGAGAAGACCGCGCUCGGUGGCGACGUCGAGGAGAUGCACUCCCGCGCCGCUCGCUACGAUAACAAGGCCGAGUUCCUCUUCACCUUUAUGCAAAUCGUCACCAACUCUGCCAUGGCUUUCACCCAUGGCGCGAACGAUGUCUCCAACUGCAUUGGCCCUUACAGCACCAUUUUCCAAAUCUGGCACGAAGGCCGCCUCCCCGAGGACGGCAAGUCCCCGUCCCCAUCUGGAUUCUCUUCUUCGUCGCCCUCGCGCGGCUUCUCCAUGUCGCUCGGUUCCGUCGCCACCGUCAUCCUGGCUACUCGUCUCAAGCUCCCCGUCUCUACUACCCAGUGCAUGACCGGUGCCACCGUCGGCGUGGGUCUCUGCAACGGCGAGUGGCGGGCCGUCAACUGGCGCAUGGUGGCUUGGAUCUACCUCGGAUGGUUCAUCACCCUCCCCAUCACCGGUAUCAUCUCGGGAUGCCUCAUGGGUCUCAUCAUCAACGCUCCCAGGUGGGGCAUGGCCGACUAA